GGUACAAAACAGCUGAUUGAUGUAAACGAACUGCAGAAGACUCAAUCAUGGCCUCGUACGACGAUGAAGAGGCCAAUAUUUUGUAUGAACUAUUGGUGCAUGCAGAAUGGCCGCUAGAACAGGAAAUCAUUGGUGGAGGAGCAGUCAGUCAUGGUGGAAACUUCUUUUAUCGCACGGUUACCCAAACUCCAGCAAAUAUAUGGGCUUUGGCAUCAUCGGUGUGGGCCUACCUAAGAACUGCGCCAUCAUUGUCACCAAGCUUGUCCAAACUCAUAGGCAGUGGCUCGGGAUGGCAACUUGGAGUCGGUGCACAAGGAGCUGUUGUUGCCAUUGUUCAGGCAGCAUGUCUAGAAAUUCGGGCAAAAAAGGAUGACUUUGCCUCGGUUGUGGGGAAAAACACAAAUUUGUAUGCCGACCCAUUCCCAUCAUGGCGUCGUGUAGCUUGGUCAGCUGACUGUUCCAUGGUUGGUGUAGCAUAUAGCUCAGGUGCUGUAGAAAUAUUUAACACACUUGGAACCUCCAUCUUCACCAUUUAUCCACCUAGGUAUCGUGAGGGUGUGACUCAAGUGGACACCAGCUGUGCUCUGGCUGCUCUCAUCUUCUCUGAUGUCAGGACUCAGAAAAUAAAAUGGGCCUCAGAACUGAUACUUGUAGACUAUCAAGGCAACAUCAGGAGUUACUAUGUGUCCCCCACUGAGGGCUACCAAGAAAGUCAUGUUUCAUCCUUCAGCAAAGUGUAUCCCAAUGGUAUCACAGCAGUAGCGGACAGAGGGCCAUUAUUAAUAGUGGCUGGGUCUUGUGAAUUUCUAGAAGACAGCAAUUUGAGGAAUAAUGGCUUGGGUCAUGGCAUUACAAUAUGGUAUAUGAUUAAUGAUUAUCCAUUCUAUAAACAGAUGCCUACAAUAAAUGAGGAUGAAUAUAUACCGCCCAGUGCAGGAAUCAUGAACUGGCUGCCAGGAUUCAAGUCGAAACCCCAGCAUGACUGUAUCUUCGACCUCUGUGUGUCUCCCUCUGGUAAACAGCUGGCUGCCUUGCACACAUCAGGGAGUCUGUCCAUUUGGGAACUGCCUUCUCUGUGGAAGAAGAAGUACUGGUUGCUUGCUAGUCAACCAGACCAAGAUUCUAUCAAUCCAUCAAGCCUUGAGUACAUUCCUGGGCAGAAGCAUCGCCUGCUACAGUACUCUGGGCCUCUGAAAAACCACCCAGCAGGCCUUAGCUGGUGGUCAGAGAUGGCUGUUAUCCUUGCUCGUUAUUCUGGGGCUGUUACUGUUAGCUCUGUGAACUCGCUGCGGAACCUGCUGGGAGAGUCGCCAGAGUUUCUGGAGGGAGUGCCUCAGAUAAGUGAAGCCUACGACCGAGGCUUCUUGGGGUUGGAGGUUGAGAGUCGUGUCAACACCAAACGCAUCUUGACUGCAACAGGUGAAGGCUCAGACGAAGAGGAGGAAUACCUUGACUCGGAUGAUGAGGAUGAGCUCUCUCUGGUCCAGAGGUCAAGCAGACUGGCCAAGAGCGCACUUUUCUGGAUCACUGAUGCUGAGAGAUUUCGACCCCCAAGCAAAAGACCAAAGAUUGUUCAGAGGACCUUCCGUCUGCUUUGCCUCAAGAGCACGACUCCAGAGGAGUUAUUUGCCAGAAAAAUUGAGAAUGAGGAAUAUGGGGAAGCUCUGGCCCUGGCUCGCAGCUAUAACCUGGAUUGUGACCUGGUAUACCAGCAGCAGUGGCGUAGAAGCUCUGUUACUGUAGCCUCCAUCCAAGACUACUUAGCUAAGAUUCGCAAGCGGUCUUGGGUGCUUGCUGAAUGUCUCACACGUGUGCCUGAGAACAUAGAUGCAGCGCGAGAGCUCCUCAUGUAUGGGCUGCGAGGAACAGACCUGGAGGCAAUUGUAGCCAUUGGCAAAGGCACAGACGAUGGGGAGUUCAUAUUCUGUGACUCAGACCUUGCCUAUGAUGAAGGCAUAGACAUUGACCCCAAUGAGUAUGAUGUGAAGGCGCAAGAGAGAGCUGCUAUGGAGCUCAAGAGAAGGCAUGACUACCUGGUGCAGAUUGACUUCAAGAACCUCUCUACAGAGCAAAAGAAUGUAAUUCGUGCUAGACGAAAACUUCUCACAUACUUAGAUAGGUUAGAUACAUAUGAGGUUCUCUUGGGAGGGGCCCAUGUAGCACCAGAGCACUAUGAUGCUUCCUUCUUCGACAAGUUCCGGAGCCAGUCAGCUAUCUCUGCCACUGUUGAAUUUGCUAGGAGCUAUGACUGGCGUGGUGUGGAGGCCAUGUUCACGUAUCAUGGAGCUGAAACCCUCCCUCACCGGUUGGCUGUGCUCUCCAGCUUUCCACCAACUAUGGGUCCGUUUGAGUACAGAUCACUUCUGCUGGAGUGUGAAGGAGAUGAGGUCUUUGAAUGGGAGCAAGAACAGCUUCGUGAUGAGGACUGGAGUGAUGACCCAAUUUGCGGAGAUGCAAUAAAUGAUGAUGAGGAAGACCCAGCUGUAUUCUUGUAUGAGGAAUGCCAGGAUCUCAAGAAGUUCAUGGGGCUUGAACCAAGUGCAGAAACUGUGAGCCUCUGGUACCAAGAAAGAGCACGGGAGAUUGAGAGAUGCAGUCAUUUUGUGGAUGCUGCCUUGGACUUGCUCAAAUUGGGCAGGGAAAGGGAUGUGAAGAAUUUGGAAGAACUUCAUGACACUCUGGAUUCUUUGGAAAUGAUGGUUUAUGAAGUAGGCCUGUGUUCAAUGACCUUGGAUGAAUACUCUAGCUUAUCUGAUGCUGAGAAGAUAGUGAAGCUUAUGUCCACGAGCACCCCAGAAACGUACAUCCAGAAUAUUAGGCGUUGGCUGUUGCCAUUCUUGGCUCGCUGUGAUAAGUGGAAACCUGGAAGUGCCAAACGUCUUCUGAGGGAGUAUGUGGUGUCUACAGCCAAGGAUGACCUUGGAUUACCUCUCAAGAUCCUACAACAUUCCAGGCCAGACCAGCAUGCACAGAUCAUCACAUCAGCUGAGGAGAUGAUGACCAUUGCUUUAGACUGUGUGUAUGCAUGUGAGAAGGAAACUCAGCUGCCAAGAGCCUUUGCCAUUCUGGAGUGUGUGCCAGAGAGAGAGUCUGGCACCAGCACAGAAGCCCUGUCGAAGCUGCAUGACUUGGCUGAUGCUUUGGAGGCUCACUUGACAGCUGCUGAAUUACUGAGCAACAACAGUGUCUUUGUCACGCCCUGUCAGCUUCGCCAGCUACAGGACGAUUGUGAAAAAGUCAGAGAAAUAUUUACCAAGUUAACAAGAGCUGCUGCGAGGAGGGAGCCUAGACUUAGUGAUGAAGACUGGCGAAAGUUGUUGUAUGACAUGUUAGAACUGCAGCAGAAGGUCUUUACGUGUGUAGAGCCACAAGUUUGCUUUGAGACCUUGACAGAUGCUCUCCUGUGCUCUGGCAUUUUGGAAAACAUCAGAUUUGCUAGGGAAUUGUUGGAGACACAGGGAGAUAGGUCCCCUGUGCACAACCCUUACCUGCAGCAGGUGCCUUUUGCGCAGGCAGUGAAGCUUGUGAUAUCUGCUGCGACACAGUACUUCAAUUCUUCUGAAAGUCAUGCAGAUGAGGCAAUGGAAUUAGCACAGCAGUGUCUUGGACUGAUUGAAUCUGACAAUGAAGACAUCAAGAGAGAAAAGGAUCUCAUAGCAGCUCUUCACAUUUUGCCAGACUUUGGCAUCAACAAACUUCCUCUUCAGGUUCGCCUUUGUGAGGACAGGCUAACUUUGAUAGAGGAAGGACUGCAGACCAAAAAGGGAAGUUAUCGCCAUGGGUCUCGAUUGCUACAGUUGGCAACACUAUUGAGGGUGUGUGGAAUGGACUUACGAGCCAGACAGGCGAAGGUUUUCUCACUUGUUGCUCAUGCAGCUCUUAAGGCCGGCGACUUCGUGGUUGCGAGCAGCGUGUGCGAGCAGCUGGUGUCGGGGGCGCACCGGGAGGGCUGGGUGGUGUGCGAGCAGCUGGGUCGCGCCCACCAGUUCGCCAACCUGCCGGCGCGGGCGAGGUUCCUCAACUUUGCUCUCACCUACGCCCAUGCGAGUCACCUGGAGGACCUGCUCAAUGCUAGGAAUGAGGUGGAGAUGGCCAUUCUCUACGCCAAGGUCAACACGCAGAUGGACGCCGAAGACACGACAGAGGAUUCGGACGAUGCCGCUUCUGAUGACCGCUUUGUUGAUGCACAGUCGCAUCAAAUGCUUAGUGAAGAAGAUGAGGAAGGCUAUGGAAGCAGUGCCCAGGAAGAGGAAGAGGAAAUUGAGGGACCACAGAAGAAGAAAUUGAAGGAGGAGGAGAAGAAGAAGAUGAAGGAGGAAGAGGAGAAGAGAGGUGGAGGUGGAGGAUUGCUUCAAGGAACCCUCGGGGUCACUCGCUCCGUGCUCUCCGUCACGGCUUCCACCACCUCGAACCUUGUCUCGAGUGUGGCUUCCAAGCACUUCUGGAAGUCUGCUGUCAAUUGGAUGCAGCCACUGAUGGAGCUGUCGACACAAGGGGAAAGUGACCUUCCUGCCAAGGAGACCAAUGCUGACUUUAAUCAGCAGGGAUGCCAUGCCUUCUAUGCUGACUUGCUUUCAGAUUGUCACAUUAGCUCUAUUGGUGCCAGUUAUAAGAGUUAUGCUCCACCAACCAUCAAUAACCCAGCUCUAGAUUUCUCCCUUUCCCUGUUACGCAUUGCUCUCAUUGAAGAAACACUCACCCAAGGCAACACAGUCAAGACAAAUAAGACAGUUGUUGCUGAAGUUGCACGAGCAGUACUGAAAGAGGACUUGCCAUUAGGUCUCUUCCUUCUGUUGAUGCUUCAGGAACCAGAGGAUGCCAAGGAUGUGCUUUCUAGCCUCCCACGCACAGAUGUUUCCUUACAGAUGACACUCUACUACUAUGCUUUACAAAUAUAUACGAGUUUGCACCCAUGGACACAGCCAAGUGUUGCCCCAGUCUUCUUGCAUGACCCCAAUGGUGUCAUUGAUAGUGUUGCAAGCCUGGUUGAAGAAUUAGACUCUUCAAAGCUCAAUAGUCAGCUUUGUCAGUAUGUGGAGCUUUUCAAGAGUACCCAAGAUCUCGUCUCAGACUAUGUACAAGGCCAAGCUCUUCAGAGAUUGGGAGCUGGUGUUGACAUUGACAGGUUCUUGGUUGACAGCAGCUAUAAGGAGGAUACAGUUUUAGGCCUGGCCAUGACUCAUGACAAUGAGGUGCUUGACUUGGCUCUAACAUUAGCAAGGAAGUAUGAAGUCUCUCUGUGGCAGGUUUAUAUGACCUAUUUGCAGCAUUUAUUUGAUUCAGAUAUUUCUACUAAUGACAUCAAGCAGUGCAUAGAAGAAAAGAACUUGGUGGAGAAACUGAGCAAAGAGCCCAGAGAGUUCAUAUCCCGAAUGGAGCAGACUGUUUUCCUGACAGUGAGUGGAUGUGACCAUGAGCGUCUCUUGCUCUAUUACACUCUGAUUGAGCAGUGUGGAGGUAAGAAAGCCGAGGCCAAAGCAGCUGCAUCCCACAUCAAACUCUUGAAAAAACUGAAGGGUUCUGCCAAAGGACUUAAUUACAAGCUGCUCCUGAAGUCAGAUACAGAUGUCAUGGCUCUGUUGCGCCCUGUCCUAACAGCUCAGAAUGUCAACAAUCUUGCAAAAAUGGCAAAAAAUGUUCCCAGUAUGAAGGAUGCUGGAAUCAACCCAAGUACAAUUUACUGUGCUUGGGCCCAGAAGUAUUUCUUUGAUUUUUCUUCUGACAGGAAACCUAAGACUGCAAAUGCAUGGAUUACAAGAUUUAAUUCAUGUGAGGAGUACAUGGAGAAGAUGAAUCCAAGUGAUGUUACGAUGUUUGUGAAGCAGUUGGUGCUGUCAAGUGAAGGUGCUAAGAUGGUGCCCCUGGAAGCAAGGAUGGAGUACUGCCAGAAAGUCAUUAAAUUCAGCAGUGAGCAGGAGGGAAAAGAGCAGGUUCCUGACGAUGGAAGGGAGUGGCAAGAGGUAGGGGAAACAGCCAGGCGGUGGAGAGGCCACUUGGACCUCCUUCGUUCUGACACAUUCCUUAAGCUCCAGAACAGCGAGGAUGAGAUUCUGUGCAACUAUGCAAACAAGUUUGCACUGAGUGGUGGAAGCGAGGAACCUCUCCAUGCCCUUGCCUGCCGGGUACUUCUGGAGGGAUCAAGCAUGGAGAUCUUGCAGGAGGUCCUCAGUGUGUACCCAGAGGAUGCUGCCUGUGCCCCUGAAGAUGUCUUGUUGCAAGCACUAAGGAUCAUCCUGAGCUUCUGGAAGAACCAAGAUAUUGAGGUGGCAAUAGACCAUAAGGAGCUGUGUGAGUACGACAUGAUGAAAGUCCUUGACCACAUCUUGUCGCAAAUAGCCACUUACCUUAACGAAGGAGGAGAGCUUUUAUGUGAGGAGGAAGUGUUACAGGACUUGCGAUCAUUAGGAGAAGAUGCAGCUGUUCCUCUCACAAUCAGGGUAGAGGCCCUUUCCCUUGCUGAAAAGCAUCUAUCACUCAGUGAAGAGGACCUGCAGGUGGUUUGUGUACUGCGGACUGGAAGUGUUGUGGCUUGUGGCUGGCUGGAUGAGGAGGAGCUGGACAUCCCCCUUGAUCAGGUGUCAUGCAGUGAAGGAAGGGCAGCUCUUCUUGCCAAGCUCAUUGCACACACCAAGACUUUGCAGCAAACUCAGGCUUUAAUUGAUCUGCUCAAGUUAUGGCCUCCAUUUGAGGAUGAUAAGUACCAGGACAGCUUAACCAAUCCAUGGCUAUCAGUGUUUAGGAAAAUAAUUGAAGCAACUAAGAAUAACAACACGCCAAGUGGUUUAGAGAUCAUCUGGGAAGCAACACAAAAAGUUGUCUCACAAAAUCAGCUGCCAAAGAAUUGCCUGGUUGAGUUGGUGCAGCAGUUGUGUAAAGCAGAAGAGGACUUUGGUGCUGUGGCAUUGAAAUACAGUUCCAAAGUGGCUCUCUUGAGUGAUGAUCCUCAAGUCAGUGGCUACAUGAUGAAGAAUUUAAGCUCUUUGUUGGAGAAAAAUUUGGAUGUGACAGAGAAUCGUGACUAUGACAAUGAUUUGUUAGCAAGGUUGAUUCCUCGAGGCUUGGUUGCUCAAGUGGUUCUUACACCUUUGUAUGGGCCCCUAGUGACCUACCUGAGUGAGGCAGGGGACAAGACACAGCUGAGAAAGGCAGUUGAGCAGCUAGAGACAGCAGGUUUCUACAAAGAAGCUGCCAGUUUAGCUACCAUGCAAAGCUCAGUUCCCAAAGCUCUUCAGACCAUCUCUUCCGUUCUCAAGACUUACAAAAAAUGGCUUUGAAUCUGUAUGGAUUCUCUCAUAAGAAUUUCAUUACUUCAUGCAUUAGGAAUGACACUUCCUUUGUUACUCUACCAUGAUUUUAUUGUUGUUAUUAAAUUCAAACUCUGCUUUAUUUGGUGUAUUAAUAUUUGUGGUAUGUUUCUUCUUGUAACUGGAAACAGGAAAUUAAACAGGUUUCCUUAAAAGUUAGAGAGUGGUGCUCCUAUGUGUACAUUAUUUUUAUUUGAAUGUACUUUGAUUUGAACUUGUAUUUUUAUUCAGUUUAGUUCAAAUGAUAGACAAUUGCAUAAGUGUUAUCCUACAAGUGAUAUCACAUUUAAAAAGUAUACAAUUCUCAGAGGUUUAGAUCAAUGUAUUUCAUAAUAGCUCGUGCUUUUUAGCCCUUUCUCUGCACAUAGAAAUAAAUACCAUUUUAAAUAUAUGAGGCAGUUUCUGAGAAGUAAACAUGUCACAUUUUUUUCUCCAGAUAAUGGAAAAUGGGUAGAUGCUUUAUAUAAUUAAAACUUCACUUUUACAAUGCGAUUAGCACUAUGAUAUGAGAUAGCUUCUACUUAGCAAAACAAUUAUUGUAAUUUGGUAAUUUUUAAUUUUAUGGAAGUAAGGCUGAAGAGCAGUUGAUAUGUAUUUUUGUUGUUGUUGUUGUUUUAUUAUUACAUGUUAAUGUUAUCUGCUUCUGUUUCCCUAAAAGAUAUGCAUGAUGAAUGUAUUCAUUCCAUUUGAUCUUUUCUUUCAGGGAAAGCUUG